AAAUGUCUGACAGACAGAAAAGGGCAGACGACAAAACUGAAGUUGAAAACAAUGAACAUAAACGUGAUUUUCUCGAGAGAAGCGGCGUUGGAAACUGGAUGAGAGAUGCUCUGUCUAAGAUUCUAUCCAAUCGACCAAAGGAUGCUGUGGACUUCCUUGCCCAAUACUUCAGCAGCUUAGGGGAAAAGUCCAACCGUUUACAUCAUGCAUACCACCAUCUCACACUGACCGAUUACUACCAGCCCAUGUUCGCCAGUAAUGUUGCUGUAGCGUAUGAGGCACUCAGUACAUCGUCUGGGUCUAGGACUCCAGCUGGGCUCACUGGUAUCAUGUACCGGGAUCUGUUGAAUCUUAUAUGCAGAAACAUUCCACCGCCACUUCUUGAGAAGUUUUUGAGUAAGAUUGGUCCGAGGGAUAAUGAGGUGAUUUAUCCCCGUGUUUUUCACUCUGGUGUGAUGGCAGCAUUUGUACUUAUUGAGUAUUUGAAACAGACGGACAAUCUAUUCCAAUUACUGAUCAGCCAGUCGGAUACAGACAGAGUUGACGAUGAAUUAGCCAGGACCAUGCUAGAAGAGCUUCAAGAAGCUCUUGCUGUCAAGAGUUCCGAACCAAUCUCAAUUCUCAAGGCAGGAUCCAGGCUCACAAAUGAUACCAUUACAGAAACAUUAAUGGAGAUUUUGGUCGCAAGUCAAAGAGAGCACAGGAAAAUGAUGACCAAAGAGGAGUUUCUCUUGACUUCUUUUAAUAUCUACUUGAAGGAGGUUAAACCAUUGAAGUGAACAUAUCUACAAGAAUGGCCUACAUAACCGAAUCCCCAAGGAAAGUGGAAGACUGUUUUAAAGGUCUCAUAACCUUCAGAAGCACUUACAGACCGGGGGGGGGGGGGGGGGG